CUCCAGCAUUACCAAAAAACCCAACAUACUCAUUUUUAUUAACUCAUAAUCUGACCCCUCUAAUUAAUUCACUCCCCAACAACCUCUGUCCCUUCUGAGUCUCUGUCUGAGCGUGUUAACACCACGCUGCCAGAAGUCAAGCGUUCCAAGAAGCCACGCAUCUUUCGCACCUGCUGAAAAAUUUUGUGUUCACCACCGUAGCAUUGGCCUUCAACGGAAGCUUCUUUGUCUUUGGAACUUGGAUGAGGAUGAUGAUGUAAUCCGCACACAGACUUCAACCGAGAGAAAAGCAAAACCAGCAAAUCUCUGCUGUCUUAUCUCCAAUAUAAAUUGGAACGGAAUCGACACAUAGGUCAAAUCAAACACUCUAGUCUAAAGUCUAAACUUAUAAUAAAAAACAAAAAAGAAAAGAAAAGGGGAGAAAUUUCCCAUGGCAGAAAGAGUAGAGGGAUUCAACUUCGAGCAAAGGCAUGGGAAAGAGAGGGUAAGGGUGGCUCGCCUGUGGAAGACGAAGGAAGGAAAACACUACGUUGUGGAGUGGCGAGUCGGCAUCAGCCUCCUCUCGGAUUGUGUCAACUCUUAUCUCCGUGAUGACAACUCCGAUAUAGUUGCCACUGACACCAUGAAGAACACUGUAUAUGCAAAAGCCAAGGAGUGCUCUGAAAUACUUUCUGUUGAGAACUUUGCUAUUGAGCUUGCCAAGCACUUUAUAUCAUUCUAUAGGCAGGUUACUACAGCUAUUGUAAACAUUGUGGAAAAGCCAUGGGAACGCAUCAUCGUGGAUGGUCAACCUCAUAUGCAUGGUUUCAAACUUGGAUUUGAGAGGCAUACAGUUGAGGCAAUAGUAAAAAAGUCUGGUGCUCUACAGUUGACUUCUGGUGUUGAAGGAUUAUCAGUGCUGAAAACUACUAAGUCUGGUUUUGAAGGGUUUAUACGAGACAAGUACACGGCUCUUCCUGAAACACGUGAAAGGAUGCUGGCAACAGAAGUAACUGGUCUGUGGAGGUACUCUUAUGAAUCACUAAGCAGCGUCCCACAGAAGCCACUUUACUUUAUGGAGAGGUACGACGAUGUUAAAAGAGUUCUGCUUGAAACCUUUUUCGGUCCACCGAAUGUGGGGGUGUACAGCCCAUCUGUUCAAAGCACUCUCUAUCAAAUGGCAAGGGCCACAUUGAACAGAUUUCCUGACAUAGAUUCUGUUCAACUAAAGAUGCCAAAUAUUCAUUUCCUACCAGUCAAUAUCUCAAAUACAGGUGGUCAAAUUGUAAAGUUUAACGAUGAUGUAUACUUACCCACGGACGAGCCACAUGGGUCGAUUCAAGCUACAUUGAGCCGCUUUUGGUCAAAGAUGUAGGAACUGCUGAAACACCACAGAUACAGAUCAUCCUUUCUGAUCAAAAUAACAUGUUAUAUAUAAAUAAUGUUGGUUAUGCUUUUCCAGCUGUUUCUUUACAUGCCCUUUCUUCAGAAUAAAAUGUAUAGGCAAGAACUGCUUGGGUUGUUCUA